AUGAAUACUAGAUUGAAGGGUAAAAAGGGUUUUAUGGCGGUUAAAUUAGAUAUGAGCAAAGCAUAUGACCGAGUAGAAUUGAGAUUUUUGGAGGCAGUAAUGAGGAAAAUGGGGUUUGAUGAGAGGUGGAUACGGUUGGUGAUGAUGUGUGUCUCCUCAGUCCAUUAUGCGAUUUUGAUCAAUGGGGAACCGUGUGGAGAUAUUACUCCCACGAGGGGGCUUAGGCAAGGAGACCCUAUUUCUCCCUACCUAUUUCUCAUAUGUGCGGAGGUCUUGAGUUCCAUGGUGACACGGGCAAAUAGGGAUGGGCUAUUAUCAGGGGUUCCCACUUCUAGAAGGGGACCCAAGAUUAGCCAUCUAUUUUUUGCAGAUGACAGUUUGUUGUUUUGCAUGACUACUCAUGCCCAGUGGAGUAAUUUGUCGGCUAUUCUGUGGACUUAUGAGGAGGCAUCGGGGCAAAAAACGAACAAUAACAAGACCACAAUUUUUUUCAGUAAGAAUACUCCUAUGGGAGAGAAGGAGACCAUUAUUGAAUUUGCAGGGAUUCCAGCUACUUAUACAUAUGAAAAGUAUCUGGGAUUGCCAGCUUUGGCGGGUUGA